CAGGGUUUAUAAAAAAAGAAAAAAGAAAGGAAAAAAAAAUUAAGUUGGAUUUGAGAAAUUAGCAGCUGCUUGGAAAGGUGUAUUGCAUGGUUGACACCUGGACAUUGAAAAGAGUUCUGAAUCUACAGGUCCAUUAUCUUGUGUAAGAGCCCUGUAGGGUGGGGAUGUCCUCAUUUGAAGAGGAGGAAGGUCAGCAAGUUCAGGUGUCAUGUUCAGCAUCACACAGGUCAAAUUUAGACUUGGUAACUUGAGGUCCUAGGGUCUUUAUAAAUGCUACAGCUCCCUACUCCCUGAAGAUGGGUUCAAAUGGGAGGAUUGUCUUAGGUGCUCUUGGCCAACCUUGGAAUUCCAUUCACCAAAGAGCCACACUCAACUGGAACGCUUCUGAGCUUGGGAUGGAGGAAUUGCAGAGGAACAAUGUUGGACACUGUGGUGGUUCUUGGAAAUGGAGUCCUGACCCUCCUCUCCUAUAGAUGGUCCACAUGUUCCUGUGUGGGGACUGCAUCAGAGACCAGGGCUCCCCACUCACACACCCCUGGCCCCCAUGGCUCUAGUGUAGGGUGUAUACAGUGGGCCCAGAGAAGAUUAACUAGGUUUGGAUUCUGGCUUUUCCAGGCCCCAGGAACCCUUUGGAAUGCCUGAGUGUGUCUCUUUUUUGCCCCAAGCCUGGCUCCCAUCAUGAGUGCUGAGCUCAAUGUGCCUGUGGACCCCUCCACCCCCGUCUGCUCUGAGCCUGGCCACAAGGGCAUGGAUUACCGGGACUGGGUCCGCCGCAGCUACCUGGAACUGGUCACCUCCAACCACCACUCCGUUCAGGCCCUCUCCUGGAGGAAGCUCUACCUGAGCAGGGCCAAACUGAAAGCCUCUAGCCGCACCUCUGCCCUCCUCUCAGGCUUUGCCAUGGUGGCCAUGGUGGAAGUGCAGCUGGAGACGCAGUACCAGUACCCACCGCCCCUGCUCAUCGCCUUCAGUGCCUGCACAACGGUGCUGGUGGCUGUGCACCUCUUCGCCCUACUCAUCAGCACGUGCAUCCUUCCCAACGUGGAAGCUGUGAGCAAUAUCCACAACCUCAACUCCAUCAGUGAGUCGCCACACGAGCGCAUGCACCCCUACAUCGAGCUGGCCUGGGGCUUCUCCACUGUGCUCGGCAUCCUGCUCUUCCUGGCUGAGGUCGUGCUGCUCUGCUGGAUCAAGUUCCUGCCUGUGGACGCACGCCACCAGCCGGGACCUGCACCUGGCCCCGGUGGCCACACAGGCUGGCAGGCCGCUCUAGUGUCCACCAUCAUCAUGGUGCCUGUAGGUCUCAUCUUCGUGGUCUUCACCAUCCACUUCUACCGCUCACUGGUGCGUCACAAAACCGAGCGGCACAACCGUGAGAUCGAGGAGCUGCACAAGCUCAAGGUGCAGCUGGACGGGCAUGAGCGCAGCCUACAGGUUGUAUAAGGGUGUGGCUCCCCUGAGGCCUGGGAGCCAACAGAAACAGCCUGCUUUUGAGGGAAUUUCAAAAAUGUAAAUUGCCAUGAGGCUGCCUAGACACUGCCAGAAGUUCAACACCAAAGUUUUACUCGUCUUACUGCCGUAAAACCUGGAUCAUUUUCCCUCAGAAGAUGGAAAUCCUUAAACGAGAGACACUGUUGCUUAGGGCAAAGAAAGGCUGAGUCCUUGGCCCUGGAGAAUCCUGAGACAGGAGGCAGGACUCCAGCACUGUGGUCGUCCCAGAGAUGUGGACCAAGCAGCCAGCAGUGCAGGGAGCCUGGCGGAGGCCCGGAGAGUCAGGGUAGGGCUGUGAG